AGAACAGAAAUUAGAGGCUUUCUUAAUGUGCAUGUAACCAGCUGGAACACAACAUGAUUUGGCUUUAAGUGUUGUUUCCACAGAUGUUAAAAAUAUCACUGAAUCUAAUUUGAAGAUACACAACUGGGGACUGUAGCAGACUGAGAUUCCAUACUCUUCUGGGGGAACUAAUGACCGUGUAACUGCUGAAAGUUGAUGUAUAAACUGAUUUGUCACCACUAACUGGAGGAAACAAACAGGUGAAAUAUGACGAACGCGCUGGGUCUUGGUCUUCUUUGUUUACUCCUCUGGCCUGAGCCUGCAGAGGCUCAAUUUCCUCGAGUAUGCUGCACAGUUGAGGGGAUCCUGUCCAAGCAGUGCUGCCCCGCUCUGGGCUCAGAUCCUGCCAAUGUGUGCGGCUCUCUGUCGGGGAAAGGAAGCUGCUCGGCUGUUCGAGUCGACAACAAACCCUGGGGAGGACUGUACAGAUUGAAAAAUGUUGAUGACAGAGAGAGGUGGCCGACCAAAUUCUUCAAUCAGACUUGCAGAUGUACUGGUAACUUUGCAGGGUAUAACUGUGGUCAGUGUAAAUUUGGCUGGAUCGGACCAAACUGCGACCAGAGGAAAGCCCCUGUGGUACGGAAGAACAUCCACUCCCUGACCCCUGAAGAGCUCCAGGAGUUCCUCAAUGUGCUGGAACUGGCUAAGACCACCACCCACCCAGACUAUGUCAUUGCCACCCAGCACUGGCUGGGACUCCUGGGACCCAAUGGAACUGAGCCCCAGAUUGCCAACAUCUCCAUCUACGACUUCUUUGUCUGGCAACAUUACUACUCUGUCCGAGACACUCUUCUUGGUCCAGGUCGUCCAUUCAAAGCCAUUGAUUUCUCACACAAAGGACCAGCAUUCAUCACCUGGCACAGGUAUCACCUCCUCAGCUUGGAAAGAGAGCUACAGAGACUGACCGGCAAUGAGAAUUUUGCGAUCCCUUACUGGAACUUUGCCACAGGGCAAAGUGAGUGUGAUGUGUGCACCGACUCUCUGCUGGGGGGCCGAAACCCAGACAACCCGUCCCUCAUCAGUAACCAGUCCAGAUUCUCCAGAUGGGGGGUGGUAUGUAACAGUUUGGACGACUACAAUCGCCUGGUGACUCUUUGCAAUGGCACCAGAGAGGGAUCCAUUCAGAGAGGGAUAAUGGAGAGAGGUAACACGUCUCUGCCCACCAUGAACGACGUCAGAAGCUGUCUUGGAAUCAGAGACUUCGACAGCCCUCCGUACUUCACCAACUCCUCCUUUAGUUUUAGAAAUGCUCUUGAAGGGUACGAAAAAUCAGAUGGAGAACUGGAUGAAUCAGUCAAUAACCUGCACAACCUCGUCCACUCCUUGCUCAACGGAACCAGUGCUUUGUCUCACUCUGCAGCCAACGACCCCAUCUUUCUGGUGCUCCACGCUUUCACUGAUGCCAUUUUUGAAGAGUGGAUGAUAAGGUUUGUCCCAUCCAACGCCACCUUCCCAGAUGAGAUGGCCCCCAUCGGUCACAACAGAGACUACAACAUGGUUCCCUUCUUCCCUCCGAUCACUAACGAGGAGAUGUAUGUUACAUCUGGGCAGCUGGGAUAUUCCUAUGCAGCUGUCCUGGAUGAUGCAGAUGGAGGUCCAGCUGUGUUUGUGCUGGGCUCCACUCUGGGGGGAGUCUUCAUCGGUAUCCUGGUGCUUCUCCUUAUCUUUGUGCUCUACCUGCGUCAACGGAGAAACAGAGGCUUUGAACCUCUGAUAAAAGCAGACUUCACAAAUAGGAAGUACACAGAAGAUGCCUAGAUCUCACCUGUUGUUCUGAAACGCACUUAUAGUACGUAUACAUACCUAAGAGAGAUGGAGCACCCAAUCACCAAUAUUCUGUAGGCCCUACUGUGACGCAAGAGGAAAAUAUGAAUCCUGUAAACAAACUACACUUUUAGUUUUUAAGAUAUUAAAUCUAAUUUCAUAUAAGAACAAUGAUAUGAGUCAUGUAAUAUCCAUUGAAAAAUUUGAAUAAAACUUAAUAUGAGUUGCAAGCGAGACCAAUCAAAAUGAAUGUCUACUUUAACUGGCUUGGUAAUAUUAUGUUUAGUGAACUUACAAAAGCAUGACCCCUUUCUAUCGCUGUCUUUCAUUAUUAUGUACCUUUUACAAUGUCUUUUUAACAGUCACCAGGAAUAAAAAUUUAUUGGAAUGUUUUUUUUAAUAAAUAUUUAUUCUCAAGAACAGUAACAAAACACAAAUGCAAUUAUCUUAAUUGCACUGAAAAACAAUAAGGCAUAUUUGCUCGACUAGUUCUUCACCCCUCUUUCAAACUCUAAACUUUACCUCAUUAGGAUUUGACUUCAUACAGCAAUGCACUGAUUGUAAAAAAUGUUGACCGUUUUCUGCUAAUUCUAUUUUUCAGAUAAUUUGUCUGACCAGACAUCCAUUUUCAAUAUUUUAUUGCAAAAAUAUUACCAUUAAAACUUCAAUGAUACAAAACAUAAAAAGGGCAUCCUGUAAGAUCAAUAUUCAAUAAAGAAUCCUUUUUAAAUGA